AUGAUGCUAAGUCCAAAUUACUGUAGUUGUACUGUUAAUCAAGCUCGAAAUUUAUAUGAUAAAGGCAAAACUGGUGGAAUUGAUCCUUUCUGUAUCAUUUCUAUGGGAAAGGAAAAAUUUGCUACAGCGGUAUGUGAAAAAACAUCAACACCUGAUUGGCAUGAACAAUGUGAUAUGCCAAUUGUCGAUGAUGCGACCAUAAAAUUAACUGUUUUUCAUAAUAAUAAAAGUUCCUUAUCGAAAGGAGAUUUUAUUGGUCGUGCAUAUGUUUCUCUACGAGAUUUACAAGAUUAUGAUCAUGUUCAUAAAGCUUGGUAUAAAUUAACAAAUAAAGAAGGAAAAUUAGAUAAAGAUAGAGGAGAAAUUGAAGUUUCAUUACAAUUUUAUUCAAAGAAUAAUACAACAGGAAGUGUAUUUGAUUUAGCAACGAAAAAAAAACAUUUGUCACUCAAAGAUAUUAAACAUUCAUUAGGCGAUAAAUUAAAAUCAGCAUCAAAACAUCGACGACACGAUAAAUAUAGUGGUGAAAAUCAAUUAGGUGAUCAACGUAAACGACUUGGUGGUGGUGACGAUGCUAGUUCAUCUAAUGGACGUGAUUUUCUCGAUGAUUCUAUAUCGGAGAAAUCUCGUGCUCCAGUUCUUGGUCUUGGUACAACAUUGGGAAGCGUAACACCUUAUUCGUCACGUCGUUCAGUAACAUCUGAUUAUGAAACAUCAUCAAUACUUGAUUCUGCAUCUAUGUAUGGUAGUGAUGAUACAUCAGCACCAUCGCCAGCCGAACAUUUUCAAUUUCCGCCUCCACAACAACAACAACAAUAUCGUGAGGUUAAUGUUGAUGAUAAAUUCUUACCAAAAGCUACUUCAAAUGAAAAUAAAACCAAAGAACCAUUUUCACCAAUGAAUGUACCAACAAUUAUAACAACAAAAGCACCUUUACUGGGUGAUAGUAGUAGAAGUUCGUCUGUAACAGGUGAUGAUAUUGAAGCAGCAUUUGAUUCAAUUAAUGAUUAUAAAACUUCAUUAAAUAAAUCGAAAGAAAAUGAAAGAUCCGAUUCAUUUUUUGGUUUAUCAACAAUCAAAGAAAAUCUUGAUACGGAUGAAAAUAUCUUCAAUACAAAAAAACAAGCGGAUGAAGAAAUCGAUUUUGAUAAUUGCUUCAAUAGAUUAAAACAACCAGUUGAAGAAAAAAAAACAAAACGAACUGCACCUAUUCUACAACAAUCAACAACAACUCCAAAUACUAAAGAACAAAAAAAUUCAAAACUUUCUUACUCUAAUGAUAUCUAUACACCAUCUACUUCUAUAUCUAUAAAAGCUGAUACGAAUCCAACACCUUCCAUUACUCUACCUCCAAAACAACAACAACAACAACAACAAUCAGAAACGAAUCAUGAUUCAACCGAUGAAGAUAUCGAUGAAAUAAUAGGAAAACUAGAGCGAGUAUCCAGUAUGCGCUCUUCUGUAAGACGUAAAAUUCAACCAAGAAAUGAUAUUAUGCAACAAUCAUUUUUUGAGCCUGAUAAUAAACCUAUCAAUACAUAUAAUCAUACGCCAUCAAGUCAAAAGAAAAAUGCAGGUUUACCAGAUAUUGUUGUUCAACCGGCAUUAAAAAAUUCAUCUCCAAAUCCAAUAUCGAAAAAAUCUCCAACUAAUAGUCUUUCAGUACUUGGUUACGAUAAUGUUAAAAGUACAGCCAUUAAUCCAAAAAUUCGUCAAGAACUUGAUUAUCUUGAUCGUGAAGAACUUCUUCAUGUUAUUGCAUAUCAAACAGAUCUAAUAAAAAAACGUGAUACACGUGUAAAAGAUCUUGAACACUAUACAGAUGGUUUACUCGUUAAAAUUGUUGAACAAUGUCCAGCUAUACUUCAAGUAGGAAGUCUCUCAAAACGAUAA